CCACAGUGUUCGCAACAAUGACAUCAUCCCAACAAAAUAAUAAUUUCAAGCAGAAAGUGUUUUGUAUGAACAACAAUCCGCCCAUAGAGGUUAGUGGGUUGGAUCACUCGCUGAUGAAAUUUUCGUCAAAAAUAAAACCUGAUGAGGCUACUAUUAAAACGCAUCGUGGCUACGCGCAAAGAAUUGUUGAGGUCUUGAAAACCAACAGCAGUUACGACAUCGACAGAUUUAUGUUCGCUGGAAGUUUUGGCAAGCGGACAAAUGUUUUACAAUCCGAUGCCGAUUGUGUUUUUUUCAUUAAUAACGAAAACCCACCUUACGACAAAGUAAUUACAGAAUUUUACGCGAUUUGUAACAGACCGGAAGUGAAAAAUUCGUUCAAUUCCUACGUUGUCGAGAUGAAGCGAAAUUCAAUCAACUUCAAAAUCAACGGCCUUGAAAUGGAUGUGGUUAUAGCCACCAACUUCGUAAACCACUUGAAGAAAGGCCAAUCCUUGGCUCAUGUUCAGCAAAAAGAAGUCUUGCAGCUGAUCAAAUUGAAUCCAACCGAAAACUGUUACAAGUACAGCACUUCGUUAGCUGAGGCGACUGUUUAUUUUAUGAAAACUCGAGUUAGUUUCGCUAACGAAAUGGCCCGCAUUGCCAAAUAUUGGUUUAAAUCUCUCGGAGAUGAGUUUAAGAAUAUUUCUGGAGCAAGCACUUUCAUCGAAUUGGUUGCAGUGUAUGCUGCAAGGAAAGGACGCCAUGGCAACAGGAAAUUCAAUCCUUACUUGAAGUCGUUUAUUCGAUUCCUGGAUAAUCUGAUGAAUUUCGAACGACUCAAUGUGUCGUUUAACAGAUGUAACGCCAUGUUCAAGGAACAUCCACCCGGCGACAGUAAAGUGCCCCGUGUCAUCGAUCCGGUUGAUCCAUAUAAUAAUUUCGCGAGUUACUGGCAUGGAAGUACUAGCGAAAUAGAAACUCUUAAAAAUCACGCUGCUUCGACAAUGGAUCGAUUGCAUGAUUUAGUGUUGAAUUCACGGUGUGACAAUGGAAGUGAUGUGGUUGAAACUUUGUUUAAUUAAUUGUCGUCGUCGGACGAUAAAAGGGCCGAUUAUGUCGGCUAUGGUGUUGAAAUAAGAAUGAAGUCAGGAUACUUAAUUCUACGGUCUUAGGCAAUCCUAGGCUAUAGCAGGCUGCCAAAAGGGGAAUAAAUGCAAAAUAAUUGGUUUUGCUAUUGCUUCCCAAGUCCUACUCCAACGUCCACGUCGUGGCUUGGCUGGAAAUGCGACCAAACUACCAGUGAUGCAACACAAUUCAUUUGGCUCGCAGCUAACUGGAGGGGGCGAAACUUUUCGGUCGAAUAUUCGAUGCAGAAUUUUCGCAUGAUUUUUAUCUGGGAUGACCGUUGGAUAUCGUCAUUUUAAAUAUUUUCAAGCACUCGACCGUUAUUUUCAAAAAAUUGGUACCAACUGAACGAAAAUAUUGCAUCCGAUUUAAAUUGGUGUGACCAGUGACCUACAUAUUUAUGGUGGUUGACCGAAAUUUGAGCGAAUGUGAUAUAUUCAUUACACAAAGCAUUCAUCUACAACUUGGUAUGCAACUGUAUCGUUUAGCAUGAUGCUUUUAAUUGUAAUAGUCAACGAUUUAAGACCGAGUGAAUUCAGUUUUAAAAGUGAGACUCAGUGACAGGGCCUGAUAUUUGUAAACAUUUUUGUGAAACUUUGUCAAACUUUGUGAAACUUUGACAAUUUUGUGAAACUUUGACAAUUUUG